UUUUUUUCGUCUUACAUAUAUGGCAAUUUCCUCGGGCACCUGCCUGAUUGACGUUCCUAGUCAUCUUUCCAUCCGAUUGUUCCCAUUUUUUCCUUCCGCACAUUCUCCAUCUACUGCACUAUUCCCGACUGACCCAAACCAUCCAUCAGUCCUUCAACUCCAAGCUCCCAUCGCCAAACAUGUAUCCAGCCGGUCAACAGCCACCUGCUGGCAACAACACUGGCAGUGGAAGUGGAAGCCAAUCGGGGUAUGGCGCACAAGAUCUUUACUACAUUUCCGCCCCGGCAUCGCAGACUCCCCUACCGCAAAGCCAACAGAACCCGACCUAUUAUCCAGCGCCGGGAAACAACUUCCCUCAAGGGCCGAUGUAUCCACAACCAAUGUACACCCAGCCGAUGUACCACCCGCCAAACUACCACCCAUCAAACUACCACCCGCCAAUCUGCCCCCAGCCAAGCAACCAUGUUGCGCCCAUCCAUGGUGGUCACUGGGUCCCAGUUCCAGUCCCGGGCGCUGCGCCUUCCCCUACAGGCGGGCCAGCACUGGCAGGAGGACCUCUGCCGAACGGCAACUGCUUCGCACCCCGACCGCACAACAACAACAACAGCACUCAGCCGCCCAUGUCACAGCCUCGUCGAGGACAGAAGCGAAAAGCGCCGUCAGCCUCCCCCCAGUUAUCAGCCUCCCGGUUACCAGCCUCCCAACCGACGGCCUUCCAACCGACAUCCUCCCAUUUACCAACCUCCCAACCGACAUCCUCCCAGUUACCAACCUCUCAACCGCCAACCUCCCGACCGAAAGCCUCCCGACCGCCGCCACGGCCGACAUGGCGUGACCCGCCCGAUGUACUCCCCGAGCAAGAUCUGGUCAAGCUCCGACGGGAAACCGACUGGGUGAUCGAGCCGAAAGCGCCUUCGGCCCCGUCCGACCAGCACCUCACUUGGGAGGCUGCCGUCCGCAGGAUCCGUGAACAUCUAGCCAACGCAAAGCCAGGCAAGGUGUUUAGAGAGCUGUGGAAGGUCCGGGAGCUGUGCAACGCCCUGGAGCUCUUCGUCGCCCGCAAGGACCGGCGGCCCCUGAGUUAUGCGAUGUUAAAGGAGCUCAUCUCUGUCCGCUUCGCCCGCCUGGUCGAGGACGACGUCGCCGAGGGGCGCAACGGCAAGGACAUCCACUCGGAGCGCGAUUGGGCUUUCAACAAGGAGCACUGGUCUAAGGAGAUGGAUGCAGUCGUGCGGGAGCAUGUCAGGGGACGGCACACCUACUAUUUCACUGGUGGGAGGUGAUGGGUGCUGAGACGUCACUUGGGCUUCACGGCACGAGGGCUCGAAGUUUGCACCAAAUAGAGUGUAUUUUAAAGAGUAGGGCUG